UGGAGCGCCAAAUUUGAGGUCGGUUUGUUGUUAACGCGCGAUCAUUGACGGGAAACAAAACGCCUAAGAUAAAGAAAAGAGGUUAAAAUGGCUAACGUUUUGAAGAAUUCGCCGCAUAAAAUUAUGCCAAACACCGAAAUUCGAUCUCCAGUUCGACCACCAAAUAUUCCCUUGACGCCUUUGAGUCCUGUGAGUCCUGGAAUCUGCUAUUUUUACCCCUGGAAAUGGUCGGAGAGCGCUAGGAACGUCGAGCUGAGCCCCACUGCCAGUUCGUGCGGCGGCUCACCCCUCGUCGAACGAGGGAACAGCAGGGGAAGACCGCGGGCAGAGACAGUGGCUGAGUUGCAGAAGGCGGGAAGCACUGAAAUUGGUCGAGAUGUUAUUCAGUGUAUCAUUUGCGACCGGAUCUUUCCUCGAGAAAAGUCUCUAACUGCCCACCUUCGAACACAUACAGGAGAACGUCCAUAUAAGUGCGACUAUCCAAACUGCAGCCGAGCUUUCGUCCAGAGUGGUCAGCUCAAGACGCAUCAGAGGUUACAUACCGGAGAGAAACCGUUCGCUUGCUCAGUACCAGGAUGCCGAUCCAGAUUCACACAUGCAAACAGACAUUGUCCGGAGCAUCCAUACGCUGGCCUUCGUCGUGAGACCACUCAAGUUCAGGUCGAUGAGGUCAUCAAGACGGACGAGAACAGCGAAGAGGUUGCAGAAUGGUUACAAAAAUAUCAACAGAGGCAAGUAGAAGCAACCCUGUACAGCUCCCCCUCCCCACUGACGAGAACACCUACAUCUAGACGUCCUAGGGAUACGACAAAUACUCGAAAGCGGCUCAGGACCGAGAGCGUCGAGUCGGGCGAUGCGGGCGAGGACUCGGAGGAGACGCCGAAGCGGGGCCGAAGACCGAUGGUGCGGCAGCUUAUACGAGAGCAGCAGCAAGAGCAGAAGGACAAGUUGUUAGGGGCCAUGGCACUCAUCGAACUCGCACAAAAUGCAUGUGGGAGUUCACGGUAGACCUUCCCUGACCCGACCCGAGGCGAGGUCAAGAGUGGAGAGCAAUUUCUCGCUCGAAAAGAACAUUUGAUGUGAACUUUUUUUAAUAGUGACUGUUAACAUGUGGUUCCACUGCCGCUAGAGAAAAGAUGAAAAGCUAUGGUGACUACGUUGAAGUUUUCAGACAUCUGCAAUUCAGAAGAAAUUUCCAGGAUGCCAGCUCAAGAAUACGUAGGGGGGUAUUUCACAAAGAUCCUAAGUUGAACUUAACACUAAAGUGGACUUACAAGUUAUAGAGAGCCAUUUGUAGUCUUAAAAUAAAAUGUAUUCAAAAGCGAAAAAUCAAGUAUUUUAUAUUUUUUUAUAAAUUCCACAUCAAGAACAUGAAAUCUCCUUGAUACCAGAAAAUAUGACAGAUUUGAAUCAACACUUUAUGCCUUUUGAAAUAACAGUAAAAAAACAUUUUCAAAUAUGU